GGCUUUAAAAAAAAUAAAGAACAAAAAGAAGAGCAGCCUCAUUCCCCCGGCUGAGAAAUCCCGCCGCGCCCGUCACCCUGUCACGGCGCUUCCGCUAUUUCUGGGCAGGGUGAAGCAACGCGGCUUCAGUCUCACCCCGCCCGAGGGGUUGAAGACUUCGGCUCCUGUCAGUCCCGUCAGUCCCGUCCCGUCCCGUCUGUGCCGUCCCGUCCGUGCCGCCGGCGCGGCCCCGGGAGCGCCCUCGGCGGCGCCGCCAUGGCCGGGCGCCUGCUGCUCCUGCUGCUGCUGCUGCUGCUCUGCGCCGCGUUGCCCGCCGAGCCCCGCGCUCAGGGAGGCGUAUUAUUCAUCAAGAAAGAAAAUGCUGACAAGUUUUUGGAAAGAACAAAACGUGCCAACUCUUUCUUAGAGGAAAUGAGGAAAGGGAAUAUUGAAAGAGAAUGCAAUGAGGAGCGCUGCUCAAAAGAAGAGGCAAGAGAAGCUUUUGAAGACCAGGAGAAAACUGAGGAAUUCUGGAACAUCUAUGUAGAUGGGAACCAAUGCAGUUCAAAUCCUUGUCACUAUGGUGGCCAGUGUAAAGAUGGAAUCGGUUCCUACACUUGCACAUGCUUGGAUGGUUAUCAAGGCAAGAACUGUGAAUUUGUCAUCCCAAAGUUCUGCAGAAUAAACAACGGGGACUGUGAGCAGUUCUGCAGCGUCCGGAGAGAUGGACGGAAGGAUGUGGUGUGCUCCUGUGCAGAUGGCUAUGCUCUGGCAGAGGAUGGCAAGCACUGUGUUGCAACAGUGAAAUAUCCUUGUGGAAAAGUUUUUCUGGUGAGGAACAAAAGGUCUGUUCUUUCACCUGCUGACUACAGCAAUGGAACGAGUGAUGAAGGAGACCCUCUAGCAAACGAAACGAGCACAGAGGAGAUCUUUGCAGUUACCACAGAAGGCCCAACCCCUCCACCUGACAACAGAACAAGCAGCAAGACUCCAUAUGUCGAUACCAGGAUCGUUGGUGGGGAUGAUUGUCGUCCUGGCCAAUGCCCAUGGCAGGCUGUUCUGUUAAACGAGGAAGGAGAAGAGUUUUGUGGUGGAACUAUUCUGAAUGAAAAUUUUAUACUUACUGCAGCUCACUGCAUAAACCAAUCCAAAGAAAUCAAAGUUGUUGUUGGUGAAGUGGACAGGGAGAAGAAAGAGCAGUCUGAAUCGACGCACACUGUGGAUAAAAUACUUGUUCAUUCUAAAUUUAUUCUUGAGACUUAUGAUAAUGACAUUGCGUUAUUAAAGCUGAAGGAACCUAUCAGGUUUUCAGAAUUCAUCAUCGCAGCGUGUCUUCCCAAAGCAGAUUUUGCUAAUGAAGUUCUGAUGAACCAAAAGUCUGGGAGGGUUAGUGGCUUUGGGCGUGAAUUUGAAGGCGGACGAAGAUCCAAGAAACUGAAGGUGCUCGAAGUCCCCUACGUUGAUAGGAACACUUGCAAGCAAUCCACUAACUUAGCUAUAACUGAGAACAUGUUCUGUGCUGGAUAUGACACAGAGCAAAAGGAUGCUUGCCAAGGAGACAGUGGUGGCCCCCAUGUGACCAGAUAUAAGGAUACUUACUUUGUUACUGGAAUUGUUAGCUGGGGUGAAGGAUGUGCAAGGAAAGGCAAAUAUGGUAUCUAUACCAAACUGUCCCGGUUCUUGCGUUGGGUAAGAACAGUCAUGAGUGUGUAGUGGUGGUGUGUGCCCUGAUGUGCCCUGAUCCUUCUUGUUGGCUGCCACAGUGCAGGAUUGGUAAUGGAAACUUCCUCUUCUGGCACAUCUGCUAAGUUUGUUUUGAGAUCUGAUUCCUUAAAGUUAUGGUCUGCUUCCAUUUGUAUUAUUCCUGGUUCUAAAGCACAUCUUUGUGGACUGUGGAGGUGUUUGGAAUUGGUUGAAAGAGGGAAUUUCCCCAAGCAAAAAGGCUGCUGUAUGGUGUCUUUGGCUUCUUUUCGAUACUUAUCAAUAUCACUGUGGUUGCACAAGUGCUCCUACCAUGGAGGUUCCUAAACAUGUUCUGGACAGUCACUAAUCAUGAUGAAAGCAGGAGGGAUGAGUGUCAUUCAGUUCUCAUAUUGCAAUCAUCUGGCUCAGUAGGGAGUUUGUUCUCACUGGAGCCAUAUAUUUUCUACCUUUAAGAAGUGUUCAGAAGUUUAAGGGAGCAGAGGAUUUUGCAUGACAAAAGCUGAGACACAAUCAAUUAAUCAAUGUUUGAUGCAAAAUAACCACACGUUCCACAAAAUGGCUCGAUCUUAUCAGAACAGCUUAUUAAAAAGGGGUUUUACUUUAUAAGGAUUGUACUUCACUUUAUUUUUACUUGUACAUUCUGCUCAUCAGAAAAACUGUAUGUGCAUGGUCACUAUUUUGCAUAUCUUGUUCUGGGUUGUGGAUGGCUGAGGAUUGGAAAGCUCCUUACAAGUGGAUUGUUCUAGACGUUUCUGUUAAUUGCAUUAUUGAUGUACACCAACAUUUGAAAUAAAACAUUCUUUCUUUUUUGUUC